GCGACGACGUUCAGUCAGUGUCAGGUGAGCGGUUAGAGUGGUUGUGUUCAGUGUCGCUUUUUCCUGUUCCUCCGUGUCUCUUGUGCCGUAAUAAAACAUGUCUGAGGAAACAAACGGUCAGGAAAAUGGUUCCGUGCCUGAGGUGGAGCUGAUCAUUAAGGCCUCAACCAUCGAUGGACGCCGCAAGGGAGCUUGCCUGUUCUGCCAAGAGUACUUCAUGGACCUGUACCUGUUGGCUGAACUCAAGACCAUUUCGCUCAAAGUCACCACUGUGGAUAUGCUCAAGCCUCCUCCAGAUUUCAGGUCCAACUUCGAAGCAACCCCUCCUCCCAUUCUAAUAGACAAUGGGUUGGCAGUCCUCGAGAAUGACAAGAUCGAACGACACAUCAUGAAGAACAUCCCAGGCGGGCACAACCUCUUCGUCCAGGAUAAAGAUGUGGCUCAGCGUACUGAAAAUGUCUACAGUAAAUUCAAGCUCAUGCUACUAAAGCGUGAUGACCCUUCCAAAAAGAUCUUAAUGACGCACCUUCGCAAGAUUAACGAUCACUUGGGAGAAAGAGGCACAAGGUUCCUAACAGGAGACACAAUGUGCUGCUUCGACUGUGAGCUCAUGCCCAAGUUGCAGCACAUUCGAGUGGCAGGCAAAUAUUUUGCAGACUUUGAUAUCCCAGAAGAGCUAGAACACUUGUGGAAGUACAUGUACCAUAUGUACCAGUUGGAUGCUUUCACCCAGUCAUGUCCUGCCGACCAAGAUAUUAUCAACCACUACAAACAGCAGCAGGGUACCAGAAUGAAGAAACAUGAGGAAUUAGAGACUCCAACCUUCACCACCUCCAUACCUGCCAGUGUUAAUCCUUGAAGAUUUGAACAGCCCCUACAAAGCCAAAACCACUGUGGAUAUAGAGUUGAAUAUAGCACAGUGGAUUCCAUAUCCUCUCAUAAAGGUCUUUGCUUUUAUAAUAGUCAUCAUCAGUACUGUUAGUCUAGGUAACAUGAUGGUAACACUGACGUUUUGAAAUAUUGUGCCCGGUGAUCAAUUUUUCUUUAUUUGUAGCCUUUGAAAUUAUAAUAAUUCCCUGUAAAUAUGUUCUGAGAGCUUUUCAAAGAUGAUUUUGAGUUUUUACCUCCUUUGUACUGUACUUAAAGUAUGUUGCCAAAGGCACAAUAUUUGAGAACUUGAUUGGCAUGUAAAUUAUAUCCCCCACCGAGCAUCAAAAGCAGAUCUGCUGCUUAUGUGAGCAUUUUAUUUUGGGGCUGGCAUCAGUACUCACAAGGUCUCAAUAAUAACAUUGCUUUAUAAGAGUUAUGUGGCAACCUAAAAAUUGUGUAUUUUAGCUCUGUGCUUGGUUAUUUCUGAAUUGUCAUAUCUUGAGUGUAUUAUCUUGUACAAAUUUCACAUUUUUCAUUUUAUUGAAAAGGAACAUAGAGGGGUUUUAUUAGGAAAAGCAUCGUAUUAGACUUUUUGCAUAUAUGAUAAAUGUAGAUUUAUGCUUUUUCUGUAUUUCAGUUAAAAAAUAUAUAUUUUUCAUGUUUAUAUUCAUUCCUUUGUCUAGCAAGGAAUUUUUUACUUAAAUAUGAUCUAGUUAACUCUUCUUCACUCAUUCCUGUUUUCUUAACAUUUCCAGUACUGUACAGAUGAAAUUGCAUUCCUAUGCACCAGAAAUCUUUAGAAAAAAAAAAAUAAAUAAUAAUAAUGGGCAAGAAAAAGUUAAAGGUAAACUGUAUACUUGGAGCUUGAGUUUCAGGUGUUACAUAGAAUAUUCCUUUUUAAAAGCUCCAAACAUUUGUCAGUUUUUCAUCACUGUAAAUAAAAUAUAAUCCAUUAAUCUCAAAAGAUAAUUUUCAACGAUUGUUCUUCUGUGAUGGCAUUUUUAUCAUGAAAUUUUUGUUACUCUUAUUUACUUUCCUUCAGCUUUGUAUUAAGGGAGGUAACAGCACCUCUUGGCUACUGGAACGUGUGCUUGCAUUGUUACACAAAGUCCAUUACUAUCAAUGUGUAGUGCAUGAAUGGUAGAGGCUAUGGAAAACUAAAUAAGUCAGCCGAAUGCCAGAAGGAACAGAAAAUUGUACAUUAUUACUGUCAUAUGUGAAGGUUGUUAUACACUUCAUCCAGAGGGUUUGUGUAUGGCAACUGGUACAGAUUGGAUAAAUAUAUUUUGAAUAAGUGUAACUUCCUAUUUCUGUGAAGGUUGUUUUAAAGUUUUAUAAAUAUUUUUAUAAUGCCACAGAGAUAAAUGUCUUUGAUGUCGAUGUAUCUUUAUACCAAACCCUCAAGAUGUAGAUUUAAGCUUUUUGAUUUCCAUUCAUUUCCCAUAUCCUCCUCGCCUUUUCCUCUUUUGGGUCACUCAGUUGGGGUUAUUGUAUGCAUUUUUUUUCUCUCAAUUCAGUGAGAGUUUUGUUUAGCAGGGAAGGGAAGCAUGAGUAAUGCCAUGGAAACAAAAUGGAUUAGUUACCAUUGUUCCUUAGUGAUCACAUGUCACAUCAUGUUUUUCAUGCAUUUUCAGUCAUUUAUCUACAGUGUCUUAAUACCUUACCCUUUCCUGUUUGACUGUACUUAAGUUUACUCUUCUCUCAAUAACAAAUUAAGAAAAGUUUCUCCUUUCAGGAGCUCAUUACCAGUGUUGAAUGAUCAGAUAAAAUACGAGAUUUACCAUAAUAUUUCAUGUUAAAGACCUUUCAACUUUUGAGGUUUGACAUUGCAUUUCAGACCAUGGUAGUUGUGAGUGUGGUUGGUUUAGAAUACAGUGAAUUUCUUGAUGCCUUCUUAUAAUUUAAGCUUUGCCGAGUUACAAGACGAGGCCGUCUCAUAGCUCUUCCAUUAAGGUUCACACAUGAUACCCAGUCUAUGUCCUUGUUUUAUGUUUUGAUUCCUGAUACAGUAAUAUAUUUACAGAUUUUUGAGUUUCCCUAGAUGUGAUUUUUUUUAUGUAUAAGAUAAGUUGACUGUGGAUUGUGGACUUACACUGUGGAGCCAUAGUAUAGCAUUGUUUUUAACUUUUCUUCAAGCUUUUGCUUCUUGUAAGUGUUCUGGUCUUGUGGCUCAUAAUUUUAUUUAUUUUUGUGAUUAUCUUUUUCAUUAUAAAAAUUGUAAGGAACAUCCAUACAUGAAUUAUUAUUUAAAUAAAAUGGGAAACUUAA